CACACCCUCGGGGCGGAGCGAGGCCUUUUCCGCCGCGGGGAGGCCCGCCCCACCCUCCUGCCCCACGAUUGGCGAAGUGGCAGCUGCAGGGGCGGUGAUUGGAGGGCUCACCUCCAUCUCCUCCAAUGGAAAUGAGCCAGAGGCGGGUCUAGUGGCGGAAGGAGCAUGGCGUGGAGACAGCUCAAAAAGCGGGCCCAGGAUGCUGUGGUCAUCCUGGGGGGUGGAGGACUUCUCUUCACUUCCUACCUGACGGCUAUGGGGGAUGAACAUUUCUACACUGAACACUUGAUGCCGGCUAUGCAGAGGCUUCUGGACCCUGAGUCAGCCCACAGGCUGGCCGUUCGCGUCACCUCCCUGGGGCUCCUUCCUCGUGCCACGUUUCAAGACUCUGACAUGCUGGAAGUGAGAGUCCUGGGCCAUAAAUUCCGAAAUCCAGUUGGAAUUGCUGCAGGAUUUGAUAAGCAUGGGGAAGCUGUGGAUGGACUUUACAAGAUGGGCUUUGGUUUUGUUGAGAUUGGCAGUGUGACUCCGAAACCUCAGGAAGGAAACCCCAGACCCAGAGUCUUCCGCCUCCCUGAGGACCAAGCUGUCAUUAACAGAUACGGAUUUAACAGUCACGGACUGUCGGUGGUGGAACACAGGUUGCGGGCCAGACAGGAGAAACAGGCCAGGCUCACAGAAGAGGGGCUGCCACUGGGAAUAAACCUGGGGAAGAAUAAGACCUCGGUGGACGCUGCUGCGGACUACGCGGAGGGGGUUCGCGUCCUGGGCCCCUUGGCUGACUACCUGGUAGUGAACGUGUCCAGUCCCAACACCGCUGGGCUGCGGAGCCUUCAGGGAAAGGCGGAGCUGCGCCACCUGCUGACCAAGGUGCUGCAGGAGAGGGACGCCCUGAAGGGAGCACGCAAGCCAGCCGUGCUGGUGAAGAUUGCACCCGACCUCACAGCCCAGGACAAGGAGGAUAUCGCCAAUGUGGUGAGAGAGUUGGGCAUCGAUGGAUUGAUUAUCACCAACACCACAGUGAGCCGCCCUGCCAGCCUCCAGGGUGCCCUGCGCUCUGAAAUAGGAGGGCUGAGUGGGAAGCCCCUCCGGGACUUAUCAACCCAAACCAUCCGGGAGAUGUAUGCACUCACCAAAGGCGGAGUCCCCAUCAUUGGGGUCGGCGGGGUCAGCAGUGGGCAGGACGCGCUGGAGAAGAUCCGGGCGGGGGCCUCCCUGGUGCAGCUGUACACGGCCCUCACCUACCGCGGGCCGCCCGUGGUGGGCAGGGUCAAGCGGGAGCUGGAGGCCCUUUUGAAGGAGCAGGGUUUUACCAGAAUCACAGAUGCCAUUGGAGCAGAUCAUCGGAGGUGAGGAUGUUGUUGGUGGCAAGGCUGAUCUGGAAUCUUCUAAAGCAGGCGGGCCUUUGUGGCUGAAUUGAGAGAGGAGAGCGAUAUUCCCCAACCCACAAGAGCCCUUCCUCCGGCCCGACUUUUGUCAAAGCCAAUCAUGAGUGUCACCGGAAUCAAUACACGGCUUUCCUUAAUCGCUUGUCGGACCAUGAACUGCAUUCAUGAUUCUUUCUAGACUCAAAUCUCUUUAAUAGUGCAAGGACAUUAAAAUACUUGAGGGAAAUAUAAAGCCAUUUAAAACCUGGAUUUAAAUCCCAGCCCUUUCUGGAAGGCCCCUGGGCUUUGCCCCGAUGCUGCAGGUCCUCGCAGGCCUGUGCUGCCUUGGAUCUGCACCGGGCUCCCGAUGAGCUUGACUCUCUUUCAUUCUGUCUUCACUUUUAUUUAUUUAAAGUUUUCACUUUAUUUUGAAAAUAUUUCAAACAGACAAAGUCGCAAGAAUCGGGCUCGUGGGUGGCCAUCCUCUGUCUUCACAUCCUCUUCCUUCUGUGAGUCCGGGUCCUCAUCUUUUCUUAUAAGGACGCCAGUCAUGUCGGAGUGGGCCCCACCCCGAUGGCCUCAAUUUCAUUUGAUUCCCUUGGUAAAGAUAGGAUCUGGAAAGACCCUCUCUGCAAAUAAGGGCACGUUCUGAAGUUCAAGGGUUUAGGAUUUAACAUAGCAAUUUUGGGGAGACACAAUUCAACCCAUCACAGGAAAAUGUGCUUGCUGUCCCCUUUCUUUAUUAUCUGUGACUUGGAGUGCCAUCGGGCAGACAGGGUUCUCAAGGUGCUUGAAGACAAUAGACAAGAUGCUAAAGAGGUGUACUGUUAACUAAAGAGAUCGAGCAACACCAGUUUUUUCAAUACCGAAAAGCAAAUGGUGGAGAGAAGCUGGAAACCUUGUCUGGGCAGUGUUGUUGGGGUCUGGUGCGCCCUCACAGCCGGCAGAAACUCCCUUUGUUCCCAUCACCUCAAUACGGAUUUUAUUCUAAAUUCAAUUUCUCGGAAGCUCUGCGAGAGGCCCAGGAUGGUAACGGCGCUGAUGUAUCCCGUUGCCUCAUGGUUGAAUCUUGGCCUCAGCCCCGCCCUCCUGUAUCUGCUCACUCUGUCACGAAACCCUCAGCCAGCCUCCUGCUCUCCUUUUCAAAGACCUUUCUCUUGUUUUUUGCUUUUUAAAAAAUAGCCCCCAAAUAAAAGUUGUAGACCUCUUUUCCCCCUUAAA